AUGCGUAUUUUGGGCCUUCUAUCUCUGUGCUGGUUGAGCGUAUGGUCGGCCCUGGUCGCGGCCACAGACAAUGGCAAGACAACCGAGGUUACCUGGGAUAAAUAUAGUCUCUCGGUGAAGGGCGAGCGGGUAUUCGUCUUCUCUGGCGAGUUUCACUACCAGCGUCUGCCGGUACCUGAGUUAUGGCUUGAUGUGUUCCAAAAACUGCGCGCCAAUGGAUUCAACGCGGUCUCCAUCUACUUUUUCUGGAACUUUCAUUCCGCGUCGGAGGGUACAUUUGAUUUUGAAAAUGGAGCCCAUGAUAUUCAACGGGUGUUCGAUUAUGCCAAGCAAGCCGGUCUAUACGUGAUUGCCCGCGCGGGUCCCUACUGCAAUGGAGAGGUAUCGGCCGGCGGCUUUGCCCUAUGGGCAUCAAAUGGCCAAAUGGGCAGCGAGAGGACGAGCGCGACCUCCUACUAUGACCUGUGGUAUCCGUGGAUCCUAAAGGUGGGCAAGAUCAUCGCCGACAACCAGAUCACCAACGGCGGCCCGGUGAUCCUGAACCAGCACGAAAAUGAACUCCAGGAGACGACGCACUCAGCGGACAACACGCUCGUGCUGUACAUGGAGCAGAUUGCCGCAGCCUUUGAGGAUGCCGGGAUUGUUGUGCCCAGCACGCAUAACGAAAAGGGCAUGCGAAGCCAAAGCUGGUCAACGGACUACGAGGAUGUUGGCGGCGCCGUCAACGUCUAUGGCCUGGACUCGUACCCCGGCGGCUUGUCCUGUACAAACCCAGACUCGGGCUUCACGCUCGUGCGGACGUACUAUGAGUGGUUCCAGAACUAUUCGUUCACUCAGCCCGAGUACCUAGCCGAGUUCGAGGGCGGGUAUUUCCAAAACUGGGGCGGUUACUUCUACGAUCAGUGUGCUGCCGAGCAAUCCCCCGAGUUUGCAGAUGUCUACUACAAGAACAACAUUGGUUCGCGGGUCACGCUGCAGAGUCUGUAUAUGGUCUUUGGCGGAACGAACUGGGGCCAUAGUGGCGCACCCGUGGUGUAUACCUCCUACGACUACGCUGCGCCUCUGCGCGAGACGCGCGAGAUCCGGGAUAAACUGAAACAGACAAAGCUGAUCGGCUUGUUCACUCGCGUCUCAUCCGGUCUGCUGCAAACCGAGAUGGAAGGCAAUGGCACCAGCUACACCAAUGACACCAGCAUCUAUACGUGGGCGCUGCGCAAUCCGAGCACCGAUGCGGGCUUUUAUGUUGUGGCGCACGCCACGAGUUCGUCGCGCGCCGUGACGACGUUUUCGUUGAAUGUAGACACUUCCGUUGGCGCGCUCUCGAUCCCUGAUAUUCAGCUUGAUGGCCGACAAAGCAAGAUCAUCGUCACCGAUUACGAAGUCGGCGAUGAGUCUAGUCUCCUCUUCUCAUCCGCAGAAGUUUUGACCUAUGCCACCCUAGAUGUGGACGUGAUCGUGCUCUAUCUAACUGAGGGUCAAACAGGAGUGUUUGCGUUCAAGAACCCCCCGUCCCAUCUGACUUUCAAGACCUAUGGCAGUUCGGCUGUCACAACCUCGUCGGCCAGCUAUGGAACACAAUACUCGUACACUCAGACACAUGGCACGACCGUCCUGAAGUUCUCGAACGGGGUUCUGAUCUACCUUCUUGAGAAAGAGACCGCGUGGAAUUUCUUCGCCGUGCCGACGACUUCAGAUCCCAAUGUGUCGCCGAGCGAGCAUAUACUAGCCAUUGGUCCUUACCUGGUGCGCGAGGCAUCGAUCAAGCAAGACACCGUGAGCCUGGUGGGUGAUAAUGCGAAUACUACAUCGCUAGAGGUGUACCCUGGCAAUUCGAAGGUCAACAAAAUCAAAUGGAAUGGCAAGGCCCUCAAAACGAAAAAGACCGCCUAUGGCAGCCUGGUGGGUACAGCACCAGGCGCCCAGGAUUCAAAAAUUACUCUGCCAGCCUUGAAUUCCUGGAAGAGUCAAGACACACUUCCCGAGAUCCAGCCAGACUACGAUGACUCGCGGUGGACUGUCUGCAACAAGAGCACCACGGUCAAUUCAGUUACCCCGCUCUCCCUCCCGGUGCUCUAUUCUGGGGACUAUGGCUAUCAUCAGGGGACCAAGAUCUACCGUGGUCGCUUUGAUGGACGCAACGCGACGGGAGCCAAUAUCACGGUGCAGAACGGCGCAUCCGCCGGAUGGGCUGCCUGGCUCAACGGCGCUUAUGUGGGUGGUGCCCUGGGCGAUCCUGAUUCUGCUUCGACAUCCGCGGUGCUGGUGUUUAAUAGCUCUACAUUGCAUGCCUCCAAUAACGUGCUGACCGUCGUCCUGGACUAUACCGGACACGACGAAGACAAUGUCAAGCCCGCGGGCGCUCAGAACCCGCGGGGGAUCCUAGGGGGAACUCUCCUCGGGGGCGGCAACUUCACGUCUUGGCGCAUCCAGGGCAAUGCAGGCGGCGAGGCCAACAUCGAUCCGGUGCGAGGACCAUUCAACGAGGGAGGCUUGUACGGCGAGCGCAUGGGCUGGCAUCUUCCGGGGUAUCAGGCACCCCGCAGCGCCGGGACAGAGAGCCCCCUGGACGGGGUGACGGAGGCGGCGGGCCGGUUCUACACGACGACGUUCACCUUGGCGCUGGACGACGAUCUAGAUGUGCCGCUGGGACUGCAGUUGGAUGCGCCAGACGGCAGCGGCGCCGUGGUCCAGAUAUUCAUGAACGGGUACCAAUUCGGCCACUACCUGCCCCAUCUCGGGCCCCAGACGCUGUUCCCGUUCCCGCCGGGCAUCAUCAACAACCGAGGCGAGAACACGUUGGCGAUCAGCCUGUGGGCGCUCACGGACGCGGGCGCCGCCUUGAGCCAAGUGGAGCUAGUGGCCUACGGCGCGUACCGGACGGGCUUCAACUUUAACCACGACUGGACGUAUCUGCAGCCCCAGUGGAAAGACGAUCGCAGCCAGUAUGCGUAG